UCAAACAUGAAACCAAAAAGGCAAUUUCACAUAAAUAGACUCUGCUCUGUGGUGCCUUGGGAUAAAAAACAAACAGUGACGCCUGUAAAAUGCCUCUGGUCCUCCCUCAUGUUUUUCACAUGAUCCGAGAUUACAGAGGAAGGAGAAGCUUUGAAUGUUCAGUGAGAGAAACCGCCGCGAUGACUGAACGUCGUUCCAGUCCGCUGAUACAUUUAUUUUAUGUAGUGAGCAUUUGUGCAACAUUUAUCGAUACUAUCAAUGGACAGAGAGCACAGGUCCCAUGGACACAAGAUAAGAUCAGCCACAAGCCCAGCACCCUCAGCUCCAGUGACAUCACCAGGGUCCUGUCACACACAGACCUGAACCAGAUGUGGCAGAGGGACCUCAGGCCUCUGCUAGUGACACGGUACCCCAACUCUGCAGGCAGCCUGGCAGCGCAACAGCACAUCAAGAGCACUCUGGGUUCUCUGAGGGCAGGCUGGGAUGUUAAGGAGGACAAGUUUGAGUCACACACCCCUUACGGUCCCAUGACCUUCAACAACAUCAUCGCUACCCUCAACCCUUCCGCCAAGCGCCGUCUGGUGCUGGCGUGCCACUACGACUCCAAGUACUACCCUCCCCAGUGGCAUGGGCGCGAGUUUCUGGGUGCCACGGACUCAGCUGUACCCUGUGCCAUGAUGUUGGAGCUGGUACGGGCUCUGGACCAGGAGCUGAAGACUCUGAAGGGAUCCAAUCCCAACCUGUCUCUCCAGCUGUUGUUCUUUGAUGGAGAGGAGGCUCUGUUCCAGUGGACUUCUACAGACUCCCUGUACGGCUCCCGCCACCUGGCCCAGAAGAUGGAGAACACAUCACACCCACCUGGAGCCACAGACACCAACGAACUGCAUGGCAUUGACCUGUUUUUGCUCUUAGACUUGAUUGGAGGCCCCAGCCCACGCUUUGGCAACCAGUUCCCCAACACUGCCCGGUGGCUCACCAGAAUGCAGAACAUCGAGCGUCGUUUGCACAACACGGGCCACCUGAAGGACCAUCCAAACAAUGUACAGUACUUCUGGCCCGGUAUGCCGGUGGGUCCGGUGCAGGAUGACCACAUGCCAUUCCUCAACAGAGGUGUGCACGUCCUCCAUCUCAUCCCCACCCCCUUCCCCUCUGUGUGGCACACGUUUGAUGACAACGAGCAGAACCUGGACCGCUCCACCAUCGAGAACCUCAACAAGAUCCUGCAGGUGUUCGUGCUGGAGUACCUCAACAUGAAACCUCAAGCCCUGAAUCCCCAAAAUGCCCCCUAAAUGUUAGGGCUUCCCUGGUUCUAUUGGGGCCCCUUAACACAGCUCUCUCUUCACACACACACACACACACACACACACACACACAGCCCUAUCAAUGCUCUGUCCCUAGCCUGCAGACCUCCCUAAAGGAUCUUCUGUGUGUCUGCUUCCACAGUGCUCUCUCUAUGUCCCUACUUCCCCCUUCUCUUUCUGAAGAGCCAUGCUUUGUGCUAAUGUAUGUGCCCCACUAGCCAGGAGGUAGAGAGAGAGAGAUGCAGAUAGAUUAACAAGAUAAACAUUGUUUACUAGCUCCAUACCUUGUGGCGUAUGAGUUGCUAUUGUGUUAUUUCUGUUUUAAUACUGGUACAUUACUGUCUGCCUUCUAUCUGAUAAUCCAAGCUGAUAAGCCUAUACAAAGAGCCUCUACCCCUGCAUUCCAGAGGGAUGGUGAUCAUUUCGAUAUUAAUUGGAGAAGGGUUUGGAACAGCUGUGGCAGGGGACAGGGUCUCAUGUCGGUGUAUUAAUGUACAGAGCCUGAUGUCAUUCUUAGAAGCCUUGAAAAUUCUAUAUCACACAAACAAGUGAUGGGGCCCUCGCUCUCUGUAUCUGAACGUACAUGGCAUUACACUGUCCACUUCAUAUUAGCAUAGAAAAACUUGCCGAGGUCAGGAGAUAUCAUCUAUAUUUCUAUUGUUAAUACGUGAUCCUUAUACCCUACUAGGUUAGAUGAAAAUUUAAAUUGAAAAGCCUGCUGUGUUUUUAUGACAAUAUUAGCCACAUUUUGAUGCUGCUCAUGGAAUAAUACACACUGCCAAAUUUGUACUUCCUUAUUAGAGUCAGAAAUAAAUGUUGAUCCAAAAAAUAA